GACUGAUCGGGCGGUAGCCCGCGAGCCGGCCAGGGAAGAGCCGGGCGGCCGGAUUGUCAGCCCGGUCUGCUCUUUCCCGAGAAGGGAGGACGGGGCCACUUUCUCGGGCUCGAGAAUCUUCUCAGCCUCGCAGCCGGCCCUGGCCGGCGAGGAAAAAGUUCAGGAGUCGUGGGUCGCUCUACCGGUACCGCCGCCGCCAUGGCUGCCAUGAUGGAGCGGAAGUGAGCCUCAGGGCGACGGCUGCCGGCGCCGGCGCUUCGAGUCUCCCCUUCCCCGCCGCCCUCGCCGGGGGAAGCGCUGCGCGGAGGACCGCGGCCUCCCACUGCCCUCGGGACCCCUGCUCGCUGGCGCUCCCAGCCAGACCCUCAGCUCGUGCACGCUUCCUUCCAGACUGAGCGGCGGGGAGUGGCUCCCGGCCUCCGGCCCCGGCUGCGAGGAAGAUGGCGGACCCGGCCGAGUGCAACAUCAAAGUGAUGUGUCGCUUCAGACCUCUGAAUGAGUCUGAGGUGAACCGCGGCGACAAGUACGUCGCCAAGUUUCAGGGAGAAGAGACGGUGAUGAUCGCGUCCAAGCCUUAUGCAUUUGAUCGGGUAUUCCAGUCAAGUACAUCUCAAGAGCAAGUGUAUAAUGACUGUGCAAAGAAGAUUGUUAAAGAUGUACUUGAGGGAUACAAUGGAACAAUAUUUGCAUAUGGACAGACAUCCUCUGGGAAGACGCACACAAUGGAGGGUAAACUUCAUGAUCCAGAAGGCAUGGGAAUUAUUCCAAGAAUAGUACAAGAUAUUUUCAAUUAUAUUUACUCCAUGGAUGAAAAUUUGGAAUUUCAUAUUAAGGUUUCGUAUUUUGAAAUAUAUUUGGAUAAGAUAAGGGACCUACUAGAUGUUUCAAAGACCAACCUUUCAGUUCAUGAAGACAAAAACCGAGUUCCCUAUGUAAAGGGGUGCACAGAGCGUUUUGUAUGUAGUCCAGAUGAAGUUAUGGAUACCAUAGAUGAAGGAAAAUCCAACAGACAUGUAGCAGUUACAAAUAUGAACGAACAUAGCUCUAGGAGUCACAGUAUAUUUCUUAUUAAUGUAAAACAAGAAAACACGCAAACGGAACAAAAACUGAGUGGAAAACUUUAUCUGGUUGAUUUAGCUGGUAGUGAAAAGGUUAGUAAGACUGGAGCAGAAGGCGCUGUGCUGGAUGAAGCUAAGAAUAUCAAUAAGUCACUUUCUGCUCUUGGAAAUGUCAUUUCUGCUUUGGCUGAGGGUAAUACUUACGUUCCAUAUCGAGAUAGUAAAAUGACAAGAAUCCUUCAAGAUUCAUUAGGUGGCAACUGUAGGACCACUAUUGUAAUUUGCUGCUCUCCGUCUUCGUACAAUGAAUCUGAAACAAAAUCUACACUCCUGUUUGGUCAAAGGGCUAAAACAAUUAAGAACACAGUUUGUGUCAAUGUAGAGUUAACUGCAGAACAAUGGAAAAAGAAGUAUGAAAGAGAAAAAGAAAAAAAUAAGACCCUGCGGAACACCAUUCAGUGGCUCGAAAAUGAACUCAACCGAUGGCGUAACGGGGAGACAGUGCCUGUUGAUGAGCAGUUUGACAAAGAGAAAGCCAACUUGGAGGCUUUCGCAGUGGAUAAGGAUAUCACUGUUACCAACGAUAAACCAGCAGCCACCAUUGGGGUUACUGGGAACUUUACUGAUGCGGAAAGAAGAAAGUGUGAAGAAGAAAUCGCUAAAUUGUACAAACAACUUGAUGACAAAGAUGAAGAAAUUAAUCAACAGAGCCAGCUGGUCGAGAAACUGAAGACACAAAUGUUGGAUCAGGAAGAGCUUCUAGCAUCUACCAGAAGAGAUCAAGAUAAUAUGCAAGCUGAGCUGAACCGCCUUCAGGCGGAAAACGAUGCAUCUAAAGAAGAAGUCAAAGAAGUUUUGCAGGCCUUAGAGGAGCUUGCCGUCAAUUACGACCAGAAAUCUCAGGAAGUUGAAGAUAAAACGAAGGAAUAUGAAUUGCUUAGUGAUGAGCUAAAUCAGAAAUCAGCAACUUUAGCGAGUAUAGAUGCCGAGCUUCAGAAACUUAAGGAAAUGACCAACCACCAGAAAAAGCGAGCAGCUGAGAUGAUGGCAUCUCUACUGAAAGACCUUGCAGAAAUCGGGAUUGCUGUGGGGAAUAACGACGUGAAGCAACCUGAAGGAACUGGCAUGAUAGAUGAAGAGUUUACUGUUGCGAGACUCUACAUUAGCAAAAUGAAGUCCGAAGUAAAAACAAUGGUAAAACGCUGCAAACAGUUAGAAAGCACACAAACUGAGAGCAACAAAAAAAUGGAAGAAAAUGAAAAGGAGUUAGCAGCAUGCCAGCUUCGUAUCUCUCAACAUGAAGCCAAAAUCAAAUCGCUGACCGAAUACCUUCAAAACGUGGAGCAAAAGAAAAGACAGCUGGAGGAGUCUGUUGAUUCCCUUAGUGAAGAACUAGUUCAGCUUCGAGCACAAGAGAAAGUCCAUGAAAUGGAAAAGGAACACUUAAAUAAGGUUCAGACUGCAAAUGAAGUGAAGCAAGCUGUUGAACAACAGAUCCAAAGCCACAGAGAAACUCAUCAAAAACAAAUCAGUAAUUUGAGAGAUGAGGUUGAGGCAAAAGAAAAACUUAUUACUGAUCUUCAAGACCAAAACCAGAAAAUGAUGUUAGAACAGGAACGUCUGAGAGUAGAGCAUGAGAAGUUGAAAGCUACAGAUCAAGAAAAGAGCAGGAAACUACAUGAACUUACAGUUAUGCAAGAUAGACGAGAACAAGCAAGACAAGACUUGAAGGGUUUGGAAGAGACAGUGGCAAAAGAACUUCAGACUUUACAUAACCUGCGGAAGCUUUUUGUUCAGGACCUGGCCACCAGAGUUAAAAAGAGUGCUGAGGUGGAUUCGGAUGACACUGGAGGUAGUGCUGCUCAGAAGCAGAAGAUCUCCUUCCUUGAAAAUAACCUCGAACAACUCACUAAAGUACACAAACAGUUGGUACGUGAUAAUGCAGAUCUUCGCUGUGAACUUCCUAAGUUGGAAAAGCGACUUAGAGCUACAGCUGAGAGAGUGAAAGCCUUGGAGUCAGCACUGAAAGAAGCCAAAGAAAAUGCAUCUCGUGAUCGCAAACGCUAUCAGCAAGAAGUAGAUCGUAUAAAGGAAGCAGUCAGAUCAAAGAAUAUGGCCAGAAGAGGACAUUCUGCACAGAUUGCUAAACCUAUUCGACCUGGGCAACAUCCAGCAGCUUCUCCAACUCACCCAGGUGCAAUUCGUGGAGGAGGUGCCUUCGUACAGAAUAGCCAGCCCGUGUCGGUCCGUGGUGGAGGAGGCAAGCAAGUGUGAGCUUUUACACAUGUCCACAGGUGUUGAAAAGUAACUGAAGAAAGAAGAGGAUAUACUAUCAAGCAGCAUCAUUGAAUGACUUUAACCGCUACCCCACGGGGAUUGUAGAAUUAUGACUUUUUUUAAUGUAUAAAUGAUACCUGGCCUGUACAGCUGUUUCCUGCCCACUCUUCUUAUAAACUCUGCUGCUUCCCAACACAACUAGAGUGCAAUGUUGGCGUCUUAGGAGGGAAAAGACACGACAGUUUACGACUGUGGCCCUAUUUAUUACACAGUUUGUCUUUCAUGUCUUAAUCUAGUCUUCACUGUGCCAAGCUGACUGUACCUUACAGGGUUGUGUUUGGGUGUUUGUGUGUUUAUGUUUAAAUCUCAGUUAAAAUUACCCAGCUGCUACUGCUGCUUGUUUUUCUUUUCUUAUUAAAAUGUCUUCCUUAUUUUAGGGAAAAUAGAACAUUUAGAUUAAAUGUCUUAAAUUUUACCACUUAUAACACUACAUGCCCACAAAAGAGAUCAUAUCAGGUCAGUACUGUACUUUAAAAUUCCUUGAGAUGACUUCAGGGUUCAAAUAAUUUGUUAUCAUCCCUGCAGUUUGCUUCUGAAAACUACUGUUUGAGCACUGAAACCUUGAAACAGCUAACUAGACAUUUGAGACUGAACAAGGCUACUUACUGGUUAUCUGAUGAAACGCCUGUUGCUGAGUUGAUAUUGAAUAGAAAUAUUUUACAAUAUCAAAAGCAAAUAUUAAGACAAAGAAUUUGAAAGAAGAAUUGUGUUUCUCUUCUUCCUGAUUCCAUACUUUAUAUAGCUUGAUGUAAGGACAAUACCCUGCUUCACUCUGGUGAGCCUGCUAGCUAAUACAAUAAUUGGACAGAUAUUCAUUUGUCAUCUUUCAUAUAUUGAAGUGAAUUAAGAUAUUAUAGAAUUAAACAAUUUUAUGUUAGUACUGUAUUGGUUGAUCUAAAUUUUUAGACUAUGGAAAUUGAGGAAAAAUGUAAAGAAACAGGACAAAUAAAUAUGGUGAAUUUAAAAAUAUGUAGGUAAAUUUUUGUCUGAAUUCCCUGAUGUGCUUUGAAACUGCUACACUAAGUCAUAUACUAUAAUUUAUUUAUUUAGGCUAGAUAUAGUGAACUGUUUGCAGGUCACUAAUCCUUAUUAAAUAAAUUAUUUUGUUGGCUAAAACCCCUGAUUUUGUAACUAGUUCUGAGUGUGUACCUGUGUUUGCCACUUCUUCCUAAGUGACUAAGCCAAGGGUUUAUUUUGAGAAGUUAGGAAAGUAAAGAGAUUUCAAUAUUGGCUUUAUCAGUGGGGGUGACUGCAACUAUUUUAGCAGAAAUUAGGAGAGAAUGGGGAUUUAAGGUUAUUCUGUCAAUAGAGAAAAUUUGGAAAGCUUUGUGUUAAGAUCUGGCUGACAGCAUUCACUUUUGAAAAGUUUUAUACACAGAUAUUUGUACUAUUAAAUUUGGAGCCAUAGGCAGAAGACUCAGAGACCAUAAUUGGCUUAUUUUUCUAUUUCCUUAACUAUUGUGAUUUCCACUUUUAUAAUAACUUUGAUUUGAAAGAUAAAUUUAUUUAUUUUUUUAAUAGUCAGAAGUCCUUUAAAAUGAUUGUGUUGCUUUUCGGACUGUUCAGAAUAAACACUCCACAAAUUGAAAUGCAAUCUUGGUGCAGCAAGAUAGAAGUAAUGCACUUAACUGACAAAGAGUGCUACAGCCUACUUAGAAUAAUUUUCUAGAUGGAGAAACAUUCGGCUGCAUUCAUGCAGACAUUUGUAUUUUGUGAAUUUCAAAUGAAAACUUGCUUCUUUGUCAAUAUUCAUAAAUGAAGCAGAAUUUUUUUUCUCUUUUGUCUAAAUAUGGUAGUUUCAUUCCUGUAAGUAAUACGUCAUGGGUAUUGGUGCUGUGUAACAAACAAUAAAAUUGUAACUAGCAUGUGGUUCAGAAUACACGUUAGUUUUUUGUUUUCUUAAAGUAUCUUAGUGGUUCUUUUCUAUUUAUAAUUUCAGACCUUUCACAAAAUAUACCAGGAAUUUCAUAAAUUUGUUUUCAUGGACCUGUGCUUUCUUUGUUGUGAUGGUAGGUCAUUAAACAACAUUUACUCUUGUAAAUGAAAAUUUCUGAUCAUAUAGAAAAUUGCUAGUUACUUCAAUUUGCUUUUUUUUUUUUUUUU